GCCCCCUUUCAGAAACGAGACUAACCUGUUGAGCGUCACGGUAAAAGGGUGUUGGCAUAUCCUCUUCACCGAGACGCCGAGAGGGAGUAGGCCUAUUUUCUUGUCCUACUAGUCAGUUGGUGUGUGUUGAAACACGCUAGAGAUUUCCCAAUUUGCUCCAAAGUUUACUGGAUCGCGGAUACUAAGCAUCCGAGAUAACGCCACUUCUUCAAGAUGUCUAAGAAGUCUACGAUUUCCGCAUUGGUUUUGAUGACACUUGUGUCCCUUGUUUUUGCUGAAGAAGUCAAUUCUGAACAUGAUCCCUUCACAUUCGACUACCAUAGACUCCGUGUUGGAGGACUGAUCCUGGCUGCUGUCCUUUGUCUCAUUGGCAUCACCAUUCUAUUCAGUGGCCACUGCAGGUGCAAGUUCAACCAGGACAAGAGGAGAAGGACAGGAAGCAAUGCUCAGCAGAUGCUCAAUGACCAAGGCCGCGCCAGUGAGUGCUAGAAGCUGAUGCCAGAGCCACGACCCUUGACCUUUUGCUGGACGUGAAACCAACGAGAUAACACAUAGGCUUUGAGAGUCCUGAGACGUUCAUAAUGGGCUGAGGUUGUAGCAACAAAAGGGUACCAGAAAUGGGGUCUUGAGCUACUGAUUGGCUGAUUACACACACACAUAAAGACAUGCAAAUACACCCACACACACACACACACACACACACACACACACACACACACACACACACACACACACACACACACACACACACACACACACACACACACACACACACACACACACACACACACACACACAAACACACACACACAUACACCUACACGUGCAACCAAACACCCACAAGCACAUCAAACAAUUAGAUAUUAGAUAUUACAAUAUUAUGCACAAACUAGUCCUGUGUCGAAUUCAUUCUCUUAUCGUGUCAAUAUUGUUCUAGCCUUGGUAAAAAAAAAAGAAAAAAGCCAUAUGCAUCCUAUAACAAAUUAGUAGAAAGUGGCUGCUCUGUUGUGUGCGUCGAUUAAUUAUAGUUCUGGUGACAUAUAUUGAGUAACUCAAAUGAGAACACAAAUCUUUACCAAAAAAUAUUAAUCUAAUGUAUAGUUGAGUCAAUAUUAUUUCAUGUCGGUCAACUCCACUGUUGUCAUAACUGCGCGAUAGAUAAUGGAAAGGCUCUAUUGUUUACCAUCCUAACGCUUUCCUAUGUGCAUAUGUUUUAAACAAAUACUCAUUGAAUAAUAAUGUGACUUCCUAAAAAAAUUGACUCUAAAAUGAAUCACAAUAAUCUACUGAUUUAUAUUUAUGCAAAAAAAAGCUUUACAGAGGAAUGUAUUGGAUUGCACUGUUCAGAGAUAUAGUGUGUCAAGUUUAUAUAAACCAAACAACUGUCAAAACCUC